UGGGCGAACUUUUCGCCCUUGUUUCCCUUCCCCUUCCCCUCCCCGCUUCUUCUCCGCGGAAUAGAUCGAUUCGGGGGAGUAGGGGCAAAGAAGUAGGGGUUGGGGGGGAAAUGAUCACACGCUCGAAGCUGGUGGAACAGCUCAGAGACUACCAGAUCCGCUCUCAGCACAAGUGGGUCGCUCUUUUUAAUCCCAUAUCACCGCCAGAUGGGGUAAAACUAAUUGCUGCUUCAGGCUAUUCUAUGUCUGGAAAUUCUUCGGAAUCUGCAGCAUCUCUAACAUUGCGGGACAUUAUUGGAGCUCUGUCAUGUGGUUUACUGUUGUGUUUUCUUGUAAUCUCUUCGUAUGUUACGCUGUAUUUCAGAUACUUCAGGCUUUCGGCUGUUAUUAUAUGUUUGGGAAUUCUUCUUCCUGUGUGCCUUCAAGUCUGUAGGCAGAGAAAGCUGGCCAAAAAAAGAGAGAGAAGAUUGUUGUUACCUCUAUCAAUGUGAUUUAUUAUUGGUGAUUCGACACAUAUUUUAGCAUUUAACUUGGUCGAACACAGGAUUAACUUGGCUAGCAUAUUGAGAUGGCCAAGAAGCACCAAGGACUAGUCUAGGUUGCUCAUCAUAUCUGCCCGCUCCUUGAAGGAUAAUUUCUUUUCAAUCUUAUUAAAAGAUGGGCUACAUUGAUUCUCAUUUUGCGAGGCUUACCUGUACACUUUUCCAGCAUAUCUUAAUCGCCUUGUCAUGUAAAAUGAAGAUUGUGGGAAAACUGACAGACUUCACUGAAUCUUACAAGGGCGUUCAGCAGAAACUGUUAUUCUUUGCUAUGAUAUCUUGAAUAUCACUUCAUGUAAUUGAUGGUUAUGGUUGCAUCUUCUUUUUGCUGGAUGUAAUUCUUCCUGAGUUUCAGAGAAUCAAAUUUGUCUCUGCAUAGUGACCUGUUUUUUACUUUUGAAAAGGUUCUGUUCUAUAGGAUUAGAGUUGAAUAUAAAAAAGAAAGUUUGUUGAUAGGUUAA